AUGACACCGCCCAGCGACCCGAUGCACUCCGAGCCCUUGACUCUGGACACCCGCCUACCAAGAGCCGAGAGGGACCAAUCACUGCAAGAAGAAGAGGAGGGCAGGGCAACAGUCGAGUUGGCCAACAUUAUGACCACAGCCUCAAACCCGGUAUCGCCGGGUUCGUCCAGCCCACCACUCGACCAGGUUGGGCUGCAAGAUUUCAUCCCACCCACCCGUCCAAGCAGCACCCCGUUUCCGCACGCGGAUCCUCGAAAUGCCACGAUGCGAAGAGCCACUUGUCCCGCCGAGGACCUGAUGGAUCUAGACGAGCCUGGCCACUGUCAACCGUCUUCCGGCGCUCUGCCCGGUCCGAGCCAAAGCGUUGGCGUUAACCUCAACCAUCUCCCCGCCGAGAUCCACGAAUGCAUCCUCGACCACUUGUUCGGCUUCCGCAUUUCGCCAGCCUCAAAGAGCUCCAUUGUACGAUGGGGCACCGCACUGAGGCACUCGCGGCGAAGGGAACUGUCAGAGUUAUCGUUGGUCAGCAGUGUAUGGAGGAUCCUGAUCCAGGAGCGACUAUAUCGGCACAUCAAGCUCAAGGCCACGAUCGAAUCAUUGCGCGGCUCGUUUUCCUGGUUCUGCCAGAACCCGCAUUUGCGCUGCUACGUCAAGCAUAUCGAGGUCUGGUUUCCCGUCUUCCAGCCAAAGUACGGCCCCUUGGCAGUCUCCAACACCAAUGUUUUGCCUACCGUCACUGCCGAUGGCUUGACCAAUGCGACCUACCUAUUACCGGGGAACAAUUGCUCCCUAGAAGAGGCCUUCUACUUCGUCGCCGAGACCUUUCCUGAAGUUUCCGUCCUUACCCUAGAAGGUGGCGAAAGAAAGAAAGCGCCGAAAGUGCGACAUUGGAUUCGGGAAGAACGCGGGCAGCUUAGGGCGAUGCCCAAGGUCGAAACCAUUCGGACACUUAUCUGCAAGGGACAGUGGAACCUGAUCAGGAGCCUGCAAGACUGGGAAGCCAUCAUGUCGGCUCUCCCCAACUUGCAGGAAUGGCACGGUUCCUACAGCAAGCCCAAGUCCAAGAGUUAUCUCACCAUGGCUGAAGUCCUUGGGCAGCCCAUGAGCCUGUCCACCCUUAAUCUCUGCAUUGAAGGCGAUUAUCGGCGAGAACUAUCCUUUCCACAUUACUUCAACAAAGUCAGGACAAAGGUGCAUUUCUGCUCGACCCUAGCACAAGCUGCAGCAUUACCUUCUAUGGAACACUUUUCUUACACGGGAAGGGUUUGCAAACAGUUUUUCAUUGACCUGGCACACCGGUUGAAGGACAUCCGAAAUCCACGUCUCAAAUCGAUCGAUAUUACAGUCAAGAACUGCUGCCGAAACGUGGCACACUGGAACGAAUCUGGGUCGGGAAUCACAGACAUGUUUUUUAUCAAGGCGUUUGAGGCUCUGGUACUCGCGGGUAUCCGCUCUUUGGAGAAGCUGACUUCGGUUAAAUACCUGCGCAUACGCUAUGUCGACCUUGAUUCUCCCGUUCCCCCGUUAAAUCCAUACUUCCAGUUACGCAACGGUUGGGCAUCCGGUGUCUGGAGCGAGGUAAUUGUUAGCGAACUCAACCGCGUCCGGCCCUCGGUGCGCUUCGAGGAAUUGUCCGAGUCGUUUGGUGAGGUUGGCUACAGCAAAGAUGGCAGAAUGGUCAUCAACCCUGACUUCCCCAGGGCCAGGGCUCUGUCGCUGAAGUUGUCCAACUAUCGUUUGCUGAGCGGUGGCAUUUCCAUUUCCCAUUCAGUCUGAAUGGUUGUUGCGGCUCGGUACCCAAUUUGCCCCUGAUUAGCAUAAAGCCCCAAAGAUAUACUGUAUCUUU